GCGGUGUUGGUGGCAGCGUCAGCAGGCAGAGGGAGAGAGAGAGAGAGAUCAACCAGUAAUCACCAUCGUCUCUCACACACACACACACACACACUGCCAUGGUUCUCUCCGACACGCAAAACCACCAACAAAGCUUCUGAUUUUCUUACCCGGGGGUGAAACUUUGACGCGGUCUGACGAAGCCAUGGCGGCCGAAGGUUAAAGCCCCUCGGGUGUGAGCGACACACCGGAGACCAGAAAGUAGCCACCACCGUACGGAAACCACAAAGAAGAAGAAGAAGAAGAAGAAGAAGGAGAAGAAGAAGAAGGAGCCGUCGGUGUGUGUUUUUUUUUUGUUUUGUUUCACGCUCGGAGGGAAAGACGGCAUCCGGCCUGAGAAGAAGCUCCGAGGUCGGGGACUCCGGUCGGAGUAACGCUCAUCGUUUCUGGCCUCCCCUUCCUGAGAGCUCCAUGGAGAAAAUGAAGCGGUUCAAGCGGCGCCUCUCUCAGACGCUGCGAGGUAGCCACACCAUCGACGAGUCGCUGUCAGAGCUGGCUGAACAGAUGACCAUCGAGGAGAACGGCCUGAAGGACAGCGAGCCCAUAGUGAGGAAUGGCCGUCCUCCGUCAGCCCACAGUGUCCACUCCUUCCUCCACCAGUACACAGGCUCCUUUAAGAAGCCGCCACUGAGGCGGCCUCAGAGCGUCAUCGGGGGAGGCCUGGGUUCGCUCAUGGUCAUGCCUCGCAACGGUAGUCGCCUCGAUAUCGUCCAUGAGAACCUGAAGAUGGGGUCGGACGGGGAGAGCGACCAGGCGUCUGGGACUUCCUCCGAUGAGGUGCAGUCGCCCACGGGUGUUUGUUUGAGGAACAGAGGGAACAGACGCAUCUCUGCAGAGGACCUGAACAAACGUCUCUCCCUGCCAGCCGACAUCCGGAUACCUGACGGUUACCUGGAGAAGCUGCAGCUGAGCAGCCCGCCCUUCGACCAGCCUCUGAGCCGACGCUCCCGCAGAGCAUCACUGUCAGAGAUUGGAUUUGGAAAGCUGGAGACCUACAUCAAACUGGACAAACUGGGGGAGGGAACGUACGCCACAGUGUUCAAAGGGAGGAGCAAACUGACGGACAACCUGGUGGCGCUGAAGGAGAUCAGACUGGAGCAUGAAGAGGGGGCGCCAUGCACAGCUAUCAGAGAAGUGUCUUUACUGAAGGACCUGAAACACGCCAACAUUGUGACGCUGCACGACAUCAUCCACACAGAGAAGUCGCUCACACUGGUCUUCGAGUACCUGGACAAAGACCUGAAGCAGUACAUGGACGACUGUGGGAACAUCCUUAGCAUGCAAAAUGUCAAGAUCUUUCUGUACCAGAUCUUGAGAGGCUUGGCGUACUGUCACAGGCGGAAAGUUCUCCACCGAGACCUGAAGCCCCAGAAUCUUUUAAUCAACGACAGGGGAGAACUCAAACUAGCUGACUUUGGACUGGCGAGGGCCAAGUCUGUGCCCACUAAAACAUACUCUAACGAGGUGGUAACGCUGUGGUAUCGGCCUCCCGACGUACUGCUGGGCUCCUCUGAGUACUCCACACAGAUAGACAUGUGGGGUGUGGGUUGUAUAUUCUACGAGAUGGCUGCCGGCAGACCCCUGUUCCCAGGCUCCACAGUGGAGGACGAGCUGCACCUCAUCUUCAGGCUACUAGGCACUCCCACAGAGGACAACUGGCCUGGCAUCUCCUCCAUUGACGAGUUCAAGUCCUACAAGUUUCCCAAGUACAAGGCCCAGCCCCUCAUUAACCACGCUCCAAGGUUGGACACUGAUGGCAUCGACCUGCUGAUGUCAUUCCUAAAAUACGAGUCGAAAAAGAGGACCUCUGCCGAUGAAGCAAUGAGACAGCCGUACUUCAGGAGCCUGGGGCCACGCAUGCACACACUGCCAGAGAACAUAUCCAUAUUCACACUGAAGGAGGUCCAGCUGCAGAGAGAUCCCGGCUACCGGAACUCAUCGUACCCUGAGUCAGGCAACGGAAAGAGCAGAAGACAAAGCAUGCUGUUUUAGAUUCUCUGGACUGUCCUUUUUUUUUUUAUUUGGGAAGGAUCUCCUCGCUGUACAGUAACCUGAGAUUGAUGUUGGCACUGAGCAUCAUCAUCAUCAUCAUCAUCGUCACUCCUCAGAAAUCUACUUGGGGGGGGGAAACAGGUCGACAGUGCGGCCGACCCCCUCCUCUCCAGGUUUGGCCUGACGUUGGCCCCAAAAGAGACAUUUAUAUACUGUACAUCUGUAUUUAUUGAGAAGAGAAUUUGCUGCUAAAUACAACUACUGUCUAGAAUCCUAACUGGCUCAGUCACUUUAAUGAGUACAUGCAAUGUGUAUAGAUUUUUGAUUUUGUUUUUGAAGUGUGGUAUUUUUAGUGAUAUUUUUUGUCAUAAUUUCCAUUUUCAUACAAACAAAAGUGCACCUCAAAGCUCGUGUGUGUGUGUGCGCGUGUGUGUGUGUGUGUGUGUGAGAGAGAGAGAGAGACGUGCAGAUGGAUGUUUCUGUAGCAACUCAAAAGAGUUUGAUUUUCUGUCUUUUCUGUACACCUGUGUGUGUCUCUCACCCCGCUGCCACGGCGCUGAUCACAGCUGCAUCAUACCCGACCAUUACUCUGAAGGUUUUUUAAGGCCAGCUUUGAUAUAACUGAUGAUUUGAUCCUAACUGGAGGCGAUUAGGAGAGCCGUGCGUUCUUGUCAGAUAUCUGCAUUAUCAUUCCAGGACGCUUUGGUCUCUUAUUGUGACCAAUGAACAAAAUGCAAGGAGUAGAAAAGAGACGAUGUAGGAUUAUUAACAAGGGCAUUACAGGAUUAGUGACGCCUCCUAAAUUCUUCAGAAGAGAUUAAACUGCCGUGAACAACCUUCUUAUCCUUUUCCACCUCAAUCUGACACCUACAUCUGCUGCAAUCUGUUACAAAGAAGAGGCCUGAAGUGUUGGAAUCUGCUACUCUGCCUUCGUACAUUACAGAUGUGUCCCCCCCCCCCUGCUGUCAUUCCCAUCUCCCACCAACUGUAAAAAAAACAGAUCCCUUUUUCAUUUUCUGGAUUGCCUCCGUCAUUGUGUUGCAUGCCUGCUCUGUUGUAUGAGGAAGCACACAGCCACUGAACUCCUGAGUCAGGGAGCACUAGCUAUAGUCCUGCCCCUGGUGAAUAUGAUACUGAGUCAAAGUCUAUUUAACAGUGUUACCACGGAUGUUUUGUAUGAUUUCUUUAACUUUAUUUGUGGAUUAUUGUUAUUGGUGUGGGAUUUCAUUGCAGAUACCCUCCCAUAUUUGAGUUUGUUUUUUUCCAGAGCAAAGAAAAUAAAAUUUAAAGUUUAAACAGAAAUCA